AUGUUCAAUUAUGAAUUGGUUCAAAACUGUGACGAUCUAAACCCUUGGACCUCUCGUUGCGAAGCUCUCUCAAAUCAUGGCUAUGGCCGUAGAGCCACUGGGCUUUCCGAGAUCAUCCCAGAAAAUCUCACCAAUGCAUGGUACUGGACGGACCAGUUUGCUUUAGAGCUUAUCUUCCACAAUAGGAUGAAGAAUUACAGGUGCAGAACCCUAGAGCCAGAAUCUGCUACGGCGUUCUACAUUCCUUUUUACGCUGGACUUGCCGUUGGGAAAUACUUAUGGUCCGAUAAUUCCACGGGGAAAGACCGUGAUCGGCACUGCGAGAUGAUGCUAAAAUCGAGAUUGGGGUUCGCGUUGUAUCUACUUGCCGGAAUGCGUAACAUCACCCGCCUUCUGAUUGAGCGGAAUUCUUGGGACUAUUUUGAUAUUGGUGUACCAUACCCCACUGGAUUCCACCCUAGCUCUUCCUCUGACGUCAAACAGUGGCAACAUUUCGUCCGUACACGUCACCGCAAGACACUCUACUGCUUCGCGGGUGCGACACGUGGAUUUAUCAAGAACGAUUUUAGAGGUUUGUUACUGAGUCAAUGUUUCAGUGAGUCUGACUCGUGCCGAGUCGUCGACUGUGGCGGGUCCAAAUGCUCCAACGGUACGUCGGCGAUUCUCGAGACGUUUCUCGACUCGGAUUUUUGCUUACAGCCAAGAGGUGAUAGCUUUACUCGCCGGUCCAUUUUCGAUUGCAUGGUUGCCGGUUCGAUUCCGGUUUUCUUCUGGAAUAGAACGGCUUAUUACCAGUAUGAGUGGUUUUUGCCGGGUGAACCGGGGAGUUACUCGGUGUAUAUAGACCGGAAUGAUGUGAAGAAUGGGAAGUCUAUAAAGGGUGUUCUGAAAAAAAUUAGCAGAGAGGAGGUGAGGAAGAUGAGAGAGAAAGUGAUUGAUUACUUGCCCAAUAUAGUGUAUGGAAAGACCAGUGAGGGGUUGGAGGGUAUUAGGGAUGCAUUUGAUGUGGCUGUUGAGGGGGUGUUGAGUAGGGUGAAGGAGCAAGAGGAGACUGGGUAUAAGUGGAGGAACUGGAAAAAUGUAGAGCUAGCAGGUCUACCUAUAAUUAUUCUUAUGUUACGCAUGAAGAAGUCAGAGGUCUUUUUUUUGGAGAGAACUGAAAAACAGUGA